CUUCCUAAAAUCCUCACCUAAUCUUCCUCCAAUGACCCCUCACUACUCCAUUUCCCUCUUCUUUCUUCUCCUCCUUUCACCCACAAACGCCCAAACCAAAUAUACAAACGCCAGAAACAACAACUUCAUCAACCAGUUCUUGGCGCCGCAGAACGCCGCCCGGUCGGCGCUUCACCUCCGGCCGCUGGUGUGGGACAAGAGGCUCGAGAGCUACGCGAAAUGGUACGCCAACCAGAGACGCGGCGACUGCGCGCUGAUGCAUUCCGAGGGGCCGUACGGGGAGAACAUCUUCUGGGGCGGCGGCGGCGGGUGGAUGCCGGUGCAGGCCGCCGCCGCCUGGGCGUCGGAGCGGCGGUGGUACAACUACCGGUACAACAGCUGCGCGGGCGGGCAGCAGUGCGGGCAUUAUACGCAGAUUGUGUGGAGAGAGACGAGGAGGAUUGGGUGUGCUAGAGUGGCUUGUAAUGGCGGCAAGGGGAUUUUCAUGACUUGUAACUAUGAUCCUCCUGGGAACUACAUUGGAGAGAGGCCUUAUUAGCUAAUUAUGUAUAUCUCAUUGUUUUUGAGUAAUUGCAUAAUAAUUGAUUAAUAAACUUAUUGGUGUGGUAAUUUAUUUUCUUGUCAACUCUUAUGUAAUCUGAUGACACAUCUGUUAUCAUUUCAAAUGAGUGGUCACAUGAUUGAACGGGGUGAUAU